AUGGCAAAGAGUAAAAGCAAAGGGCAAAAAGUAAAACAAGAAGCCCAUGAUGAAAAGGAAGAGUUAAACAUGGACAAUGAAGUAUUAUCUUCGGAGCAGGAGGAAGAAGAACCAGAGAAUAUGAAUAAUGAAAAUAAUAAUAACGACUCAUCGGAGGCGGUAACAGAGAAGAAAAAGGACAAGAAAAAGAAGGAAGAAAAUUCAAAUGAUUAUUUAUUUAGAAUACCAUUAUUGGAUAUUAAAAUUACAUUUGCACACGUGAUGAUUACAUUUAUUGCAGGAUUUAUUGCUCUCACUGCCGUUUUGAAAUCAUCGGAAAACUCUUUUUAUUAUGAAUCCAUGUACGAUUUGGAUCAAGUCAAUUAUUAUGAAGUAUUAGGAGUAUCGACGCGAGCAUCAAGGCGUGAGAUUCAAAAAGCACACAGAGAGCAGACGAGAAAGUGGCAUCCCGAUAGAAAUCCAAAUUGUGGUGAUGUUUGUGCACAACGAAUGGCACUCAUUUCCGAAGCUUACAAGGUGUUAUCCAACCCAGAUUUAACCAAAUGGCACAAUGUGUAUGGGUUGCGAGUUCCAGAGGCUAUGAUGAAGAAGUAUUUAAAAACGAAUCGAGAAGAGUUUUAA